AAUAAAAACCAAAAAAUAUGGGUACUGCUCCCCACCAUGGGCAGCUGGGGACAAAGUGUUCUUCCUACCCCAAAUCGCAGACCCUUGAUGCCCUUGGCAUCUCGGGGAUGACCUGGAAAGGUGUGUGUGGUAAGCUGCUGAUUUUUUGUGGAGAAUCAAAAUUGGCUUUUUUUGAUGUAGAAAGCCCUGAUUAGUUGGCUGUGUUUGAAAUAAAAACAAAAAUGCAGCCCAAGAAGAAUAUCUAGAACUCCGUGUCCAGUGCAAACAAGUUGUGCUCAUGGUCCUAAAUGGGGCGCGUUACUAAGUCUGUGACACAGAGAGUCUGCUGGUGCUUCCAAAGCAUGUGGACCGGCGAUGCUUGUGAUCAAGGUUAGGAAUAGAAGGUGUGUGGAAACUUUCUAUAAAAGGCAGCCAGGGCCCCUGGACUGGUGUGGAUGAGUGGUCAGGAAACUCUGGCACUGUUCAUGGGCAUACCAGAGUGUUGCUGCAUGACCUGGUGUGAGCUUCUCUGUGCCUCAGUUUCCCUGAAGCACAAUAUUGGUUUUGGGAGGGGAGGAUAAAGGAUUCCAGAGAUGUAUGAGGUGUGAGAUGUUAGCAGUAAAUGGAGGGAGCGGGUGCCACAUGGUAUCACAGGAGCUCCAGUCAGGCCAUGUGUCCCCAAACAUGGCUGGGCCUCUAGUCUCUCCUCCAGCAUCGUCCACUGUGGGCGAUGCCUCGGACAUCACAAUACCCAGCUGGACACUCAAUAAUGAUGAGCUGUGCCCAGUGGACACCAGAGGAGGGGAGAAAAGGAGGAGGACAAAGUGGGGAGGGAGGAGAUGGAGCAAUCCCUUAUGUGAUAAUUCCAUCAACUCAGCUUUUCAUCUACCAUCUGGUUCAACUGUAAUGUGUUCAGCUCCAUAUAACCUAUACAGCGUCUGUGCCCUCUCCCCCAAACUCAGCAAAAUCUUACGGUCCUCUAAUCAAGAGAAUUUUGCUCCUGUUGCUGCGUGUCUCGUGGUUCAUCAUCGGACCCGUGAGUUGAUACUUCUUUAUCUGACGGCUCUCCGGAGCAACCGUCUAGAGGAAUCAUUAACCAAUGGCAACAGGAAUCCAAGGAUAAAGUGAUUUCCCUCCUGUUAACUCACCUGCCUUUGCUGAAGCCAGGAAACCUCGAUGCAAAAGUUGAGUAUAUGAAACUGCUGCCCAAAAUCCUGGCGCACUCUAUUGAACACAACCAGCACAUCGAGGAGAGCAGGCAGCUGCUGUCCUAUGCUUUGAUACAUCCGGCCACUUCGUUGGAAGACCGCAGUGCUUUAGCCAUGUGGCUGAACCACUUGGAGGACCGCACGUCGACCAGCUUCGGCGGCCAGAACCGAAGCCGCUCAGACUCUGUGGAUUAUGGGCAGACUCACUACUAUCACCAAAGACAGAACUCCGAGGACAAGCUCAAUGGGUGGCAGAACUCUCGGGAUUCGGGGAUUUGCAUCAACGCCUCCAACUGGCAGGACAAAAGCCUGGGGUGUGAGAACGGCCAUGUGCCCCUCUACUCCUCUUCAUCUGUCCCCACCACAAUCAAUACGAUUGGAACCAGCACAAGUACAAUUCUCUCAGGCCAGGCACACCACAGCCCUUUGAAACGAUCUGUGUCCCUUACCCCACCCAUGAAUGUGCCAAACCAGCCUCUAGGACAUGGAUGGAUGUCUCAUGAGGACUUACGAGCUAGAGGACCCCAGUGCCUCCCAUCCGAUCAUGCCCCCCUGUCUCCACAAAGCAGUGUAGCCUCUUCAGGAAGUGGUGGGAGUGAACACUUAGAAGAUCAGAACACUGCUCGUAACACAUUCCAAGAAGAAGGUAGUGGUAUGAAAGAUGUUCCAGCCUGGUUAAAAAGCCUCCGCCUGCACAAGUACGCUGCGCUUUUCUCCCAGAUGACCUAUGAGGAAAUGAUGGCCCUUACUGAGUGCCAGCUGGAGGCUCAGAAUGUUACCAAAGGUGCAAGACACAAAAUUGUCAUCAGUAUUCAGAAGCUCAAAGAAAGACAAAACCUCCUGAAGUCUUUGGAAAGGGACAUCAUCGAAGGGGGCAACCUGCGCAUCCCGCUCCAGGAGCUGCACCAGAUGAUCCUGACUCCCAUCAAGGCCUACAGCUCCCCAAGCACCACCCCCGAGGCUUGCCGCCGGGAGCCCCAGGCCCCCCACCCACCCUCACUGAUGGGCCCUGAGGGCCAGACCCCUGACUGCAAAGACAGUGCCGCAGCCACUGGUGCCACAGCCACCGCCUCCGCUGGGGCCAGCGGUGGGCUCCAGCCACACCAGCUGAGUAGCUGUGAUGGGGAGCUGGCCGUCGCCCCCCUGCCGGAGGGGGAUCUCCCUGGGCAGUUCACACGUGUCAUGGGGAAAGUGUGCACACAGCUCUUGGUCUCCAGACCUGAUGAGGAAAAUAUAAGUUCCUAUUUACAGCUCAUAGACAAGUGUCUAAUUCAUGAGGCAUUUACAGAGACUCAGAAAAAAAGAUUGUUGUCAUGGAAACAGCAGGUGCAGAAGCUCUUUCGGUCUUUCCCUCGGAAAACCCUUCUAGACAUAUCAGGAUAUCGACAGCAAAGAAAUCGCGGCUUUGGGCAGUCCAACUCCCUCCCGACACCCAGCUCUGUAGGCGGUGGUAUGGGCAGACGGAACCCACGCCAGUACCAGAUCCCCUCCCGGAACGUCCCUUCUGCCCGCCUUGGCCUCUUGGGUACCAGUGGAUUUGUCAGCUCCACCCAGCGCAACACCACAGCCAACCCCGCCAUCAUGAAACAAGGAAGACAGAACCUCUGGUUUGCCAAUCCUGGGGGCAGCAACAGCAUGCCAAGCCGCACCCACAGCUCAGUCCAAAGGACCCGCUCGUUGCCUGUGCACACUUCUCCACAGAAUAUGCUGAUGUUCCAGCAGCCAGAAUUCCAGCUUCCUGUGACUGAACCUGACAUCAACAAUAGGCUGGAGUCCUUGUGCCUCAGUAUGACCGAGCACGCCCUGGGAGACGGGGUUGACCGGACCUCCACAAUCUAGAAGCUGAAGAUGAGAGUGACCGCGCUGGCCGUGAAAUCGACUGCUGCGGGUCCAGUGUCAACCAUCUUCAGGGUUGCACGGAAUCCUCCGAGAUCCUUUGCAGCCUUUUUUUCCCCUGGUCCCUCUCCCAUUUUGAUUUUGUGAGAGCGUAGGUCGUCCUUGUAAACAUAUCAGUAGACCGGGGAGUGGUAAUUUUGUCAUUUGUUUCUGUCACGGGAUGGCUUGGUGUGCGGGGUGGGGAGGGGGUCUCUAGGGAAGCGAGGGAGCGCAGGUGGCCUCCUGGAUGGAAGGAGGGGCAGAAGAGAACAAAAAGAGCACCGCCGUGGAAGAGGUGGAAGAGCCGGGAGAGCCGCGGGAGGGAGGCGGAGGCCUCGGGCCUGGGAGCGCCUCGACGCCGCCUCCGCAGUCGGGCCCCAGGACACAGUCGUCCGGGCCUGCGACCAAAGCAAGAUGGCGGCCCGCCCUCCCCGCCGCCCGGAUCGGCUUCCCCCGAGGACCCGGCUUGGAGUCGAGCCGCGGGAGAGGGCCGCACGGCACCGGCGGCGGAGGGGGAACAGCCCCUCCGACAAAAUUGCAGAGAAACUUUGAUUUGUGUAUUGUUUACAUAACAAUUUUAAAGGGUACAUAAUGUGUAAAGAGUUUGGAUAGAACUUCUCUUCAUACUAUGGUUUUUGUAAAGGAUUUGUUGAUACGGAUUCAUUUUUUUUCCUCUAUUUUUAUAAUAGCAGCAGGGUUGUGUCUUACAGUGGCUGCGGAGCGGUGCUUGCCGGGAAGGCGAAUGCACGUCACGUGGGCCGAGGCGUCAGUCGUUCCCCCCCCCCCGCCCCCCGCGGGCGGAGGGGGGAGGCGGCGCGUGCAGGUGGGUUGGCGGGAGAGUAUGUGGCUGCGAGGGGUAGAGCACUGGGAAGGUCCGAGGGGGACGCACCGUGUGAUCAGUGUUUGUUCGCGGUUCACCAAGAGAUUGUAAAAGAAUCCUGCGGCCCCUUUCUGGGCUGGAUUUGCUUCUCACCCGGAGACCUCUUCCUCCCCACCCUACUGCAGGGUUUCAGCCUAGCGCCCCCUGCUUCGCUGCACGCGCGCACACACACACACACACACACACGCGUGGGUUCAAGUUCCCCUGGAGGAAAAAUGGCAAGGACCGACAUUUUCGCCUUGCAAAAGGCCUUAAUUCCAGAUGAUGAGCUCAAAACACCGCUUCUACUGCGGUUGCGCUCAGAAACCCGAAGCUGGGGGCUGCAACCCCCUGGCUCGCUCACUGCUGAGGAACAGGAGGAGAGCAAGGCCCAGCAACAGUGUAUAACCGGUCAGUCAGCAAGUGGCAGAGAGGGCCUGCGGUGACAUGUGCAGUCCACGCGGCCAGGCCCCCACCGUACCAGGUGGGCAGUGAAGGAAGAUGUAGGAAAGGUCAACUGCGUGAUGGAAACGUGGUUCUAUCCACGUGUACGUCAGGGAUUUGCUGUGUUGUUGGCUGAUUUAUCUACCCAGCCACACACAGAAAGGAGAAAAAACCAGUCCUGACAUAGUGAGAGAUAAACAAACUAUGCUACCACAAAGUAAUAGCUCUGUUUCUUAAGGGCAAGAAAGACCACGUUUGGGAUUCGAUACAAUGGAGAGUAUUAAAGGAAAUCGAAGAGGAGUUGUGCUCUGCACUGGAAAAUUGGGUUGUGUAAAUGAUGGUAUGAAUGCUCAGCCAGAGGCGAGAUCAGGGAGGUGGUAUAAGGCCUGUUUAUUAAAUGGGUGAGUCUGGUGCCAUUUCUUUUAGCAAAGUCAGAAUCGAAAUUGAAGAGAUCACACCAUGAAAAUCGCUGCACUCGCUUACGGUUAUUUUUUUAAAAAAGAAAGAAAGGUUAAUGAAGUAAAUACAGAUUUAAAAGGCCUUAAUGCAAUCUAAACAACUUUCUUUUCCUUUCAAGAUUAAAAAUGUGCACUAACACAGCCUUGCUUUCUAAGUCUUAAGGUUUAAAAAGGUGGGAGCAUCUUAAUUGUAGACAGCCUUUAGCGAGUAAAGGGGGCUUGAACCCAUGAUACCAUGCUUUGCAUUAAGAAAAGAGACUUCCUCUUGGGUGACUACAUUGUAAAGAUGCAAAUCCAUGUGCAGAAAGAGGCAGCAUUUUUUAGUUGAUUUUUUUUUUUAACCAAGUGCCAUUAACAUUCAUCCUCCACACCCCUUUUCUAAACAAACUUAGUGUUACUUGGGGAAUGUGUUGGGAUGGACGAUCACAUGUAAGGCAGGAAUAGAUCAAAAAUGUUGAAGGCCAAAGUAAGACCAGAGGGUUUGUGAAGGUGUUUUUGGAUGCUGAGGAAGUUAAUAAAGAGAAGAAAAAACAAUGGUAUUACACAUCUUGUGGAGAAAUGAGAAAGCAUUCAGAUCUGCUGCAAAACACAUAUAUCCAUAAUGACUUGGGUUGUUCAGAAAACAGAUUGUAAACACAAUCACAUUAGCAUGAAUCCUUUAAAAGGAAGAAGACCUUAAAGUAUCUGCAAAUCUGGAUUUCUAUUUAUUCCUUCACUGAAUAUAGAAACAAUGGUUAUCUGAUUAUUAGAGAUAUUAUUUUGGAUAUGUUACUUAUUAACUUGCUAUGGCUGGUAACCAUGAUAAAGUCUGUUAUUAAUAACAACAUAAUUCUUUUUUUAAAAAAAAGAAAAGCUUAUUUUUCAUCGACUGUGUAUAGAUUUAUCUACUUAGUUGUGUUUUGCUAUUAGUGUUGUUUUUUUUAAGUUGAGUGUUCUGAUAAAUUUUAGGAGCCUGUCCCCACCUUGUUUUGAGUCCUGUGUUGACUGCAGGUAUACAGCUCAAUUUUAAAAUCCUGAAGCAAAAGAACCUUAUUUAUAAAAGAAUCAAACAGUUGCAUGCGUAAGGCUGUGAAGUCCGAUAUUUAGUAAUAAAGCGGCAGUGCCUUUUUUUGUAUUUACCCAUUGACCCCCAAAUGCAACUGUUUUAUAUUAAUAGUAAACAUUAAAAAUCUCAGAGUAAAAUCUAUCUCACUACAUGUCCUCCCCUCCCCCCUUUUUUCUGAUUUAAGCAGUAUGUAUUUUGGCAUCUCUACACUGUCCCAGGGACAGUGGCGGUCUACGAUAUUGUUACCAUGUAUGAUGUUUUAUUGGUGCUUUUUAUUCAUAGUGGUUUCUUAACCAGAAACAGUAGGAAGACACACAUGAACUGUGUACAAGAAUUGAAACAUUGCUGCUGAUAUGUGUCUUUUUCCACGUGCUUUUUGAGUUUCACUUUUUAAAGGAGGGCCAGCAAGCAAAACAGAUGCUGCUGGGUCUGCCUGCAGAGGGUGGCUGUUUGCACCGAGCUCUCAAAUCCUGUGUAUUGAUGGUCCCUUUUUGGUACUCAGGAUUGGAACUACAGCUGGGCCCCCAUCUCCCAUUCAUUUGAAGAGACACUGAGGGAAACAAGGUUUUCUUUUGAGGUGUCACUGGCUGCCUUUUAUGGAAUGGGAGACUUCUCCGGGUCUGUGUUCUUCUGCACCUCUUGUAGCUACUGCCGGUGCAAGGUUUGUAGAUGUGCAUUCCCCAGCUAGAACCAGGAUCUCACCCAAAGCCCAGGCUGGGGGACUGAGCUGGGCUGAAUGCAUAGACAUGCAACCAGGAGGGCAGCGAGGGGAGGAAAAGCAGGCCGCAAUCUCAGCCCUCUGGAGGUGUCUGCAGCGGGCAACUCCAGCUUGGGUGCAGGGAAACAGCCUGACCAAGGCACUGGGGUGUGCCUCUUACAAGGAGGACCUGCAGAAGGAUCAUUUGCACAUGGGGCUGUGAUAACACUAAUGUUGAUUUUUUUUUUUUUUACAAGUCAUCAGAGAUGUUUGCAAAGUGCGUUUUAUUUUUUUGUAAUUCCUUUAUCUUUACUUAAAGGUGAAUGUGUAUUCCUCUGGGAGGAAUAGGAAGAAAACAGGAAUGUUAAUAAUGUCAAACAGAAGACUUCCUCCCUUAUUAAUAUAUAACCCUCGUGUAUUUAUGCCUAAUGUAAGCUGACUUUUAAAAAGCUUUCUUUUGUUGCAUGCCCCGUGCAGGCAUCCCUAUUGUACAUGCAUGCCUCCGUCCUGUUUUCCUGUAUAAAGUUAGUGAACAAAGAACUAUUUUUGCCUAGUUUAUGUUGCCAAGCAAUGCAUAUUUUUUAAAUUUGUCAUAUAUGGAAAUAGCAUGUUUGUUACAUGUAAAGCUUUACUGAUAUACAGAUAUACUAAUGUUUGAAGAUGCUGUUCUUUGCAAGUGUACAGUUUUCAAAUGUUGUUACCAGUGAAACACCCUUGUGGUUUAAACUUGCUACAAUAUAUUUAUUACUCAUUUCCUCCAUGUAACUAAGAAUCAUGGCUAUAUUUCAUAUCAAUGUUAUAUUGAAAGUGAAGGGAAAUGAUUAAUACAAGGUUUUGUAACACUG